UUCCCCGCAUCUCGUCAGUAUGAGUUUUUUCUUGUUGAUUGGUGCUCGUGAAAAAAAUGGGUGAAAACUUCCCCAGUAAUUUUCAUGGUGUCUGAGCUCCCAAAUAUCCGCAAAAAGCUCCACAAUUCAUUCUAUGUGAUCUCUACAUUGUGCUGAGUAGGCUGAUGCAUUGAAUAAUUGUGCGGAAAAUGUUUCUAUCCAAGUGAAAAUUUUUGCAAAAGGAAUUUGUUGUGCUGUUAGAAAAAGUUUCGUGGGUGCGGCGAAAGCAAGCGAAAAUAGAAAAUCUCCAGAGGCCCCAAUUGGGUGCCCCAUUGCCUCAACUUUUGUGGAAAAUUGGGCAGAUUUUGAGCAGGAGGUCCGGAAAAAAUCUUGCAGAUAAAUCGAUAGGGAUACACAGCGAAGAUUUCGUCAUUUGCAAGAAAUAUGAAGAUCAAUGCGUCGAAGAUGGCGACACCGAUUGAAGAAAAAGUGGACCAGAAUAUAAAGAUACGGAGUGGAAUGGUGACGGUGAGCGAUGGGAAGAGUAAGCCGGAGCCGAUACGUCUCAAUCUCUCCAUGGAAUUGGUGACACUGCAGCGUCUGGAGGUGCUAACACCAUCAUCGGCAGCUGCUGCAAGCAACGGGGGACCUCCGGCGGAGUCUAAGGAGCGCAUGGUGCAGAUUACAAGGCAGAAAGUGGGAGGCUUGGGGCUCAGCAUCAAGGGUGGUGCUGAGCACAAAUUGCCAAUACUCAUAUCACGCAUUUACAAGGAUCAGGCAGCUGAUGCAACUGGACAGCUGUUUGUGGGUGAUGCUAUUAUCAAGGUCAAUGGAGAGUACAUCACAGCAUGUCCGCAUGAUGAUGCGGUCAAUAUUCUGAGAAAUGCAGGAGACAUUGUUGUACUCACGGUCAAGCAUUAUCGAGCAGCAACGCCUUUUCUUCAGAAACAAUUGUCCAAAGAGACUCCUGACUCGGACAAUGACGCGACGUGUGCUGAAUUGAAGGCUGAUGAAGGUUGGAAGUCAUCAACCAGUAACAGUCGACCUAUAUCUGUGUGUUCAGAGCCAGAAAAAAAGUGGGUGGAUAUUGUUUCAGUACCCCUUAUGAUGGCUUAUGUCACGCGAUACAUUUUUGGGACGGACAAAUUGCGACCAAAUGCCUUUGAGGUGCGUGGCUUAAAUGGGGUUUCCACCGGUGUAAUCCACUGCGAUGAUCUAGCCAUCCUCAGUCAAUGGCUUAAAUAUAUCACGGACAACAUUGUUGGUCUUACACAUCUCCAGAUGAAGCUCUACAAUCGAAAUUUUGCCGUUGGCGAACGAAUUGAGUAUAUGGGAUGGGUGAAUGAGGGUGUCAUCAGCACAAAUCUUUCCUGGCAGAGCUACAAGCCGCGCUUCCUUGUUCUCAAAGGCACUGAAGUUAUGCUCUUCGAUUCACCACCGGUUAAUGUGGCUGGAUUGUCGAAGGCAACUGUCGCCUACAAAGUCUACCAAACGAUGUUUCGUGUCGUGAAGGAGUCAGAAACGGUUGAUUCACGACAGCAUUGCUUCCUACUGCAGAGUUCUGGUCAUGAGCCACGGUAUUUGAGUGUUGAGACCCGUCAGGAGUUGCUUAGGAUUGAAAACAGCUGGAAUACAGCAAUUGUCACCAGUGUCAUUAAAUUGGGUCGGAAAACAUUUGCUGUGUCCCACCAUGGAAAGGGUGGUGGUUUGACGUUGGACUGGCAAAAUGGUUUCAGUCUUGCUGAGGGGGCUGAUGCCACAAUUGUGUGGCAGUAUAAAUUCUCUCAGUUGCGUGGAUCCAGUGAUGAUGGCAAAUCCAAGCUGAAACUCCAUUUUCAGGAUCAUGAAACAAGGGCUAUUGAGACUAAAGAACUGGAAUGCCAAGUGCUACAAAGUUUGCUAUUUUGUAUGCAUGCCUUUUUAACAGCUAAAGUCGCUUCUGUUGAUCCGGCAUUUUUGAGUUCAAUUCAGCAAACGUAAAGAGAAAGACAUGGAUGCGUAAUUUUUAAUGAUUAAUCCUUAUCAGUAGACUGAUUUUGGAUUUAUAGAAAAAGUCCUAAAAGAUCCGACGAGAUAUAAUAGAAAAAAAAAUCGGUGUAGAAUUUUUAGAAGAACACUCGCAAAAGUUCGAUGAAUAAACAAAAAUUUUGAAAAAUGAAAGAAAAAAAAGAAACAAAAUCAAAGAAAUUUCAUUUUCUUGGAGAAGAAAUUUUUGCAGUAAAUCGUCUUAUUUAGAAUUUUGCAGAUUUAUUGACGGUUUCUGAUCGUUUUUUGCGUGAAUUUUUUGGACUGAAUGUUUGUGAUUGAUUGCGUGAGAGAUUAAAUAUCUCUUUUUCUCGAUAAAUUUUAUUCCAAAUAUAUUAAGAUGAAAAAAUAUGAAAAGAAAAUUUAUUUACACUCUAAUGUUACGAUUAGCUUGUUGAGAAAGGACGUUCAGAAAAUUAUUAACUUAAGAAUAUAGUGACAAAAUACGUUAGUUGACAGUGAAAUUAUAUUUCUAAGUUUUAUUGAUAAGUCGUAGAUACUGAAAAAAAAAUUAUUCACUUUUCAAAAAAAAGAAAAGAAAAAUAAAUAACGAAAUGUACAAAAAAGAUGAGAAAAU